UCACAAACCACGAUGGGAGAGCUGCAAAAUUUCAGUCGUCUUGUUAAAUCAGUUGAUUUCUUCAAAUGCAGAGCUCAAAAUACAAGGAAUUGAUAGCAGGCAACAUUUUUGAUGUAUAUUCUUGCAAUACAACAAAUUUAAAUGGCGGAUAACAUUCUACACGAGUGGUUAAAAUCGUUGAAACUUGGUCAUCAUAUUCAAGCUUUCGUCGAUAACGGGUAUGAUAAUUUGGAAAUUUGUAAACACAUUGGCGAACCAGAUUUGGAUGCAAUAGGAGUUGUUAUACCAUCUGAAAGGAAAGAUAUAUUAUCUGCAGUCAAAAGUCUUCGUGAAAAUGGGGCGGCUCCGAUAUAUUUUACACUUGAACCGGAGAUAGAGGAUGCAGAAGCCAACGCUCCGAUUUACUCAUCUCCACAAAAUAACCAAAAUGAUGAGGAUCUUCAAAACGCUUGCAAUGUUAGUUUGGAUGGCUAUGACGAAGGAAAACAGGCAGUUGUUGAUUUCCCAAAGCUGCAGUUAUUUGCAAUCAUUCGUGAUAGGCUUUUAGCUGAUAGCAUUGACCUUGUUAAAGAACCAUACACUAAAAAGGAUGGCAGCAGAGGUUCAGGUAUUGACCAAUUAGCAGUGAAAUAUUCCCGAGAUCUCAACACACAUUUCCAACACGUCUCCCUACAGUUAGAACAAUUGCGUCAGCUGGAAGUCAACCCAAGUGAAACCUUAAAGUCUCCUGCAUUAUGGAAGGGUACAUUGGGGAGACAUUGCGAUUGUGUUUUACAAGGGAGUCCACCCCCCUUGCCUUCAUGCCCCCCUCCCUCUGGCAGCCAUACAGACUUUGUCCACAAUGAUGGGGAUUGGGGAUCACCUGUCAGAUCUCCAUCUCAGCUCAGCUAUGACUCUGUUCAAGAAGUCUAUCCAGAUGAUAGCAAACAGCAAAGGCGCUCCUCAGGGAUUGGUACAUUCCUUAAGAAUGUUGGAAUCAGGAAAUCUGGCAGAAAGUAUCCUUAUAAAGCUCAUGAAGGAGACGUACCUGCCCAUCAGAUGACUAUGAGUGAACAGGAGAGGUUGGGAUUGAUGCAGCUUGUCAAACAAGGAAGGAUCACGACAGAACAGGCACUGCAAACAGUGCGGCUGUAUGAGGAACAACAAGGAACAUUAAAGAGGCAAACCAGUGAACCAUUUGAGAGAAACGGUGAUCUAAGACGCAGUGCAAGUUCAUCCAACGCAAGUGGGAGCCCCAAGUCGCCUCUAGGGUUUCUAAGGUUUGGCUCUGGUCGCAGGCAGAAGAGAGGAUCAGAGCCAAAGUCACCCAAGCAACUUCAGAAAGGUAAUCAAGCAAGGCAGGGGUGUAAGAUUACAAGUCCAGAUUACUUUGAACCCCCUGUAGAUUGCAUCUCCCCUGAGCAGGACUCCCUGGUUGGCUUCUAUCAGGACUUCACCCACGUCUACCCUCGCCCCACCCCUUCAAACAUUCCCACCUCACAGACACUUGACAAUGGCGACUUUUUCAUGACGUCAGUCCCCCGUGAGAAUUAUUCCCCUUUAGGUUUCUCAACUCCGCAAAGCCCCCGGAGAUUUUUUUACGUCGACUCUCCGAAGGCUUAUCAUCGUACGAGCUCUUCCCCCUCGCAGAAAAGUACUCCAAGUCCAAGUAGUUCAGUACACUCAGAGGGGAGAAGCGUCACAGUUAGAGCAGUCAUAGAAUCACCACAAUCUCAAAGAAGUGUCACAUUUGAAACAAAUGUACGUUCAUCCAGUCAAAGCUCAACAUCUGCGAGCGAACAUGAACAGUUAAGACUUGAACCUGAACAGCCCAGGUCAGAUUGCUCAAGCAGUGACCAUAGUCAACAUAGCUUCACAAAAAUAGACUCAACAUAUUUAAAAAAUCACACAAACAAUCACAAUUCAAGGGGUCUUCUACAAGGACCUCUUAGCCUCACCAGGUGCCCUUACUCAAGCCAAGAUUCAACUUUGGUUCGACAAGUGCGUAGUUUGUCAGAGCCAAGGUUUGGACGACGCGACCAUUUAAGUGAUAUAUUUGGAGAUCUUGACGACUCAGGGGAUUACUGUGAAGUUGACCCGGAUGAGAUGGAUCAGAAAAAGGGAGUCCUGCGUAAACUCACCAGGAGGUUCUCGUUACAGAGAAGCUACAGCACUGACGAGACAUCAGACGGUGAUGAUGUCACAGGGAGUGAUUCUAAACUGAAUUCCCUCAACCGUGGGGACAAUGGCCGAAGCAGCUUCUCUGAAAGAAUGAAAGGAAUAAGAAAAGAUGUCCGCCGUAAAAUGCAACGACUCAAAGUAUCAAAGUCUCUUGGUCCAGAUAUGUUCGAUAUUUCCUCACUAGAUGACACCACCACCACUGAUUCUACACUUGGAAAACCCACAGAGACAUCUAUUAUCACAGGAGUUAGUCCAACAAGCAGCACUGGAAGCGAUGAUAUCCCAGUGUACACUGGUCCUUUUGUGGCAAGAGCAAGAGUUCACACUGAUUAUGUGCCUAGUCCUUAUGAUAAAGAGGCACUAACCCUAAAGCGUGGAGAUGUGAUCAACAUUAUUAGCAUGUCUCCAACUGGUACAUGGAAGGGUGUCUGUGGAAACAAGAUGGGCCAUUUCAAGUUUAUUAAUGUUGACCUGUUGCCUAAUCACACCCCUAGACACAUACGCAGGCAGCGUCAGAGAAAAAGUAGUCCUGCCAAGGCAUCAAAGCGUAUAAAACCUAAAACUGUGGAUGAUCUUCUACAGAGACUGGGCUUAGAGCACUUGAGGGGGGUGUUCCUAUUGAAUGGCUAUGAGACACUGGAGGACUUCACUGAUAUAGAAGAGGCAGACCUGCAAGAGUUGGGCAUUGUCAAUGCAGAGAGCAGGGCAAAGUUACUUACUGCAGCUGAGCUCCUUACUGACUGUGACAGUUUAGAUUCAGCUGAGUUGGUGGCAGGAACAGUUGAACAUGACACUUUACCUACCAUGUUACCAAUAGCAACCAUAGACCAACCAAAAUCCUCCCCAGGUCAGACUCGUAAACAUCGAGAUUCAGGGUGCUAUGCAAGCUCAGAGACUCUUAAAGACAAUAGCAAAUCAAAGGUUGACCUUCAAAAACAAUGUAAUAAACAAAAUGGUGGAGACCCCAAUAACGACAGUAUUAACGGACAUGAUCUCUCUAGUGAUAGUGUAAAGGAGGACUCGGAAUAUGUGGAAAGGUCUAGAGGUGAACGUAUUAAUGAAGAAAGUGAUAUUAAGUCUAGUCAAGAUGAAAACAUUGUAGGACACAGUCAAGUCAAUGGAUAUUCUGAAUCAACCAGAAAUGUUAUUAACAUCCAUACAAAUGGUGAUAUAAAUGAGUCAAGUAGUGAAAAUGUUGUUGAAUCUGACAAUGCGACAUGCAAUGGGAUUGCAAACUUGGACCCUGCUAGUACAGCACCAUGUAAUAGUCAUAGGGAUGCUACAGUUCAUAUUGAAACAGAGUCUCUGGAGUGCAAUAGAGAAUCUGGUGCACAUUCCACACAGGGUUCACAAACUGAGAGUUCAGACAGUGCACUUAGUGAUGCUUCAGACCUUCCCCCUCUAGUCCCUAAUAGAUUGAACCCUGUAUGUACAGUGGAAUCUAGUACUACAUCACCAGUCAGGGAACCAAUCAAACGACAGCCUCCUCCUGUGCCGAAAAGAACCAAUAAGGGUAAAUUAUACACUGCAGGGUCUUCACAUUCUAAUACAGGGUCUACAGCUAAAGCUCAACCGACACCACCUAUAUGUGGAUCACCAAAGCUCUCCCAGGAAUCCCUUGUGGUUGGUGACAGUGAACGACGCACUGAGAUCCUCUUACAAACAACAGCUAAUCUCAUCGAACAAUCGCAAGCAUUUAUAGCAUCAGUGCAUACAAAAGCACAACUUACGAAGGACAUAGGAGCUAAAUUCACUCCAAGAAAGGAUACAUCCACACAGAGCGAGGGACCAAUAGGAAGUAGCAAACAUAAGCACCUACAUCAGGGUCUAGUCCCAAGGCUACAUCCAGUCACCACAUGCAGUAAGGCUGCGACUAUAGUCCACAGAGAGAAGCAAUCGACACCUCCUAGUAAAAGGCAGCCUCAGCUAGGGACAAGAAGGCGCCCCCGCCCCCUCUCUGUCUCACUGGAGGGUGUUGUUGCUGCUAAACUGGAGGAUGAAAUGAUAGACCUCACCAAGACUCCAUAUACCGAUGAGAGUGGAUUUUGUGGUAUUCCACCAGCGUUGGUACAGAGAUACGCUGAGGAGAUAAAGAGAGACAUUAUAGAUGUCGCCCUAGCUCUAGAUGAAACCAGACUACAACAGCUCCACCUAAAGGGCAGAAUUGGAGUGCCUAAUGAUUUUCUGGCUGAUAGUUGUAAUAGUUCAGAUAUAGAGGUCAGCACUGUCUCUAUCCACGACUUCCUGACCUCUAUAGGGCUCCCCAUGUAUCUAGAGCUACUUGUUCGCAACAAUUAUAUGACACUUUCGGGCGUACUUAGUAUGACAGAGGAGAACUUCAGGAAUUGUGGGGUAAAUGACCCAAGACAUUUACGACGUUUGUUAAAUGCGGUGGACCUGGUACAACAUCACAGAGCUGUUCAUAACGGAGAUCUAGCAAGCUUACCUCCCAGGGGCCAUAAAAAGUCAAUGGUCUUAGACAGGGUUUAACAAUAACUACAUAUUAAGUGUUUUAUAUCAAGAAUUCAUUGAUGACACAUAUUUACUUGUUGCUCCAUGUUCAUCAUUCAGUCCAUUAUAUUGUUCAUUGUCCAAUGCAUUUUGUUGUUUUGUGAUAUAUUUACAGGGUGAGCCAAAGAAGGUAAUUUUGGCUCACCCUGUACAAUUUUGUGAAAACAUUUGUGAAACAAUGUACAUUGUAAAUUGUUCAUAUCCCAAAUGAGUUGAAAUAAUUGGGUUGAAUAACAAUUAAAAAGAAUGACAGGUACAUGUGCCCUUUUCAAGACCUUGAUUUGCAUCUCACUACAAGCCUCUUCAGGGUAAUAUAUAUGUAGAGCUUAUAUGUACUUUCAGCUCUCUUAUGUUUUGAAUUUCAUUGUUCAUUUAAUGUUCUGAUCGGUCAAUUGCAAACAAUGAGGUUAACAAUUUCAUUCUAUUCUCCUCCUCCUUGUGACCUAAGCCAUAUACAUAUUUUGCUUAUUUAGAGUAUUGCAUUUGCUUACUAGGACAUUCCGUUUAAUAUUACUGUUAUUUAUAUAUUUGUACAGGGGAAAGGGGUGUGAGGGAAACACCCCCCCUCCUCUAUAAUAAUUUGAAUUUGCAAUUUGAAUUCUUAAGAAAUAUGACAAAAUUUGAUUUAUAUUAUUUACUUUCACUGAUUGCUGUGUUGCCAAGCAGUACAUACUCAGUAGAAUGUGUACAGAGUGACCCAAAAAUAUGUAAACCUUUGAUCACAAAGACAUUGCUAGAAUUCAUGUGAAUAUUCUAUACACUACACACGAAAAUUGGAGGAAAUUCCAAAAUAAGAGGUGCAUAUUUUGGGCCACCUUGUAUUAUAGAACUAUCAGAUGUGAUUUUUACAUUAAACUGGUGCCUUUGUUCAUAUAGGGUAAAUAAACUUUUGAGAUUUACAUAUACCGUGAAGUUUAAAUGUGUGUUACAUUAAAACUUGUGCUGAGGUACAUCCUUCAUUCUUAUCAAACUUCAACCUUUUUUGAAGAUGUAAAUCUAUAUUUGGUUGAAGAUGUGUAAUUGUUCAUGGUGCAUUUAUCUGUUAAGGUUGGUUUAUUCUACCGUUUCUAAGAAUGUUCCAUGUGUUAAUGUUAAUGUUUUAUGUAUUUACUAUUAAGUAC